GGAAGUUGCGGGCUAGUUAGUUGCACGCGGACGCUGGCCAAGGGGCAGUCUGAUCACCUGCGUGCAGCUCUGCUUGUCUCGGGGCUGGUGGUUGCAGCCAUGCCGGGUCAACUCGAGCUCCCCAGCCGGGAGGUAGCCCUGCCGGGCAGAGCGCAGAGACUCGCCGUGUCAGCCACACAUGCCGUCAGCGGGAACACAGUGCUUCCACCCUUUCCGGAGGGCAUGCAGAUGGCCAUUUUCGGCAUGGGAUGUUUUUGGGGUGCCGAGAAGAUGUUCUGGAAGUUGACAGGGGUCUUCUCCACCCAGGUGGGCUAUGCAGGAGGCUUCACCCCGAACCCCACAUACGAAGAAAUCUGUACAGGUCUGACUGGCCACGCAGAAGUGGUCAGGGUUGUGUACGACCCACAGAAGAUCAGCUAUGAGGCGCUUCUCAAAGCCUUCUGGGAGAACCACAACCCCACCCAAGGCAUGCGGCAAGAGGAGAACGUCGGCACCCAGUAUCGCUCAGUCAUCCACACGUUCGGAGCCCAGCAGAGGGAGGCUGCCCUGAGGUCGAAGGCAACGUACCAACAGGAACUGGCCAAGCAGCAGCUGGGGCCCAUCACCACUGAAAUCCAGGAGGCCGGGGAGUUCUAUUACGCAGAGGAUUACCACCAGCAGUAUCUGCACAAGACCCCCAGGGGUUACUGUGGCCAGAAGGGGACCGGUGUGGCCUGUCCCAUCAGCCCAAUAGCCGAAAAGGAGCCCUGAAGGGAGUGCAUCUAGGAGCCAGGGCCUUCCAACCCACCAGCAGUUGCCAUGGGAACAUAGAUUCAUAGACUUUAAGGUCAGAAGGGACCAUUAUGAUCAUCUAGUCUGACCCCCUGCACAGUGCAGGCCACAGAAUCUCACCUACCCCUCUUAGAAUAAUCCUCUC